GCCUCACAACGAACGAGUCUUUACAAAUUUAUAAACAACACUCCUUGCAUAUUUGCUUCAUACUUGUAAAAUACAUAGGAUACACACGCAAAGCAUGAGCCACAUGAAACAACUCCUUUUGAAUAGCGUGUGAAUCACCCUAAAGGCAAUACAAUAUCCUUCAACUCUCUCUCUCUCUCUCUCUCUCUGUAGAAACUAAUGUUAUUGUCACUCUAUUCUCUCUCUUUCUCUUUUCUACACCAUUUCUUGUUUUCAAUGGAGAACAAGUACCUCAACAUCCUUUCGUUUUGUUUUUCCAACACUAUUUGUGGGUUACUCAUAGUUUCUUGGCUUGCAAGAAACAUUAUCCAUACUAAUGGAUUAACAACAACACUAGCAUGGAGAAGGAAAACAAGAAAGAAGAAGAAUCAAGAUGAUGAAAACAAAAUGUCUCUGCUGGAUUUGCCUGACUUAACCUUAGACUGCAUCUUAGAGAAGCUCUCCCCAUCUGAGCUAUGUGCUAUGACUUUUGUUUGCUCUGAGCUAAGGGAUAAAUGUGUGAGCGAUCAUCUUUGGAAGAAGCACAUGGAGAAUAAAUGGGGGAGAUUAAUGGGUGAUGCAGCGAUUAAAGAGUGGAAAACUCAUGUCGCCACAUUAAUGGCAUGUCUCAAAAACUCGAAUCCAAGCAGUUAUAGAAGUAACACACAACAAUGGAGGUCGAGGCUUGCUGCGAAUCUUAAACCUUUUUCAUGGUUAAAAACAAACCAUGGUUGCCACAACAGAGGUUCUUCAUCGUCAUCUCCUAUUGAUUCUGUGAUGUAUUGGUACUCUAAUCUUGAGAGUGGCAAGUUCUGGUUUCCUGCUCAGGUCUACAACAGAGAGAACGGGCAUGUUGGAUUCAUGAUGUCGUGUUACGAUGCUAAAGUCAGAUACGAUAACAAGACUAAUACAUUUCAAGCAAGAUACUCGGCGCAUGGUCGUCGUGCGGCGGAGGAAAACGUGACGUGGCAGAGAUUGAGACCGGCUCUAGUGGAGACAGAGUCACGUGACCUACACGUGUCCGACUGUUUGCAGGGACUAAGACCGGGAGACCAUUUCGAGAUCCAAUGGAGAAGAACUAAAGAGUUCCCUUACGGUUGGUGGUUCGGAGUAGUGGGUCACCUUCACAACUGUGUCGGAGAAGAGAACUGCCGUUGCGUCUCUGACGAGAAUGUGGUGAUGGAGUUUAGACAGUUCAGACCGGAGUCGCCGUGGAAAACGACGGUGUUAAACCGGAAAGACCACCGUGAGACGGGAAACGAAGUCAGUGGUUUUUACGGUGGUGUGAAGAAACUGGGUACAGAGGAAGAGGUUUCUACGUGGAAGCGGUUGUGGCCUUCGCAAGUUUUGGAUUAGUAUUUUAUUUAAUUUAGGUGGGGAGUUUGCUUAAGAAGUAGCAAUCUCAUUUAAGUAAAUUUGGAAUUUCUACUUAUACUGUAAACAAAAAAGUAUAAAUCAAAAAGAAAACAGGCUUUAGAGAAAAGUUUGUACAUUGGCUUUGCUUGAAGAAAACAUAAACAGAAACAGACUACUGGUCUAAUGAAAGAAGGGUUUAUCACA